CUAGAGGAAGUGGAUGCAGCCUGGGGACGACCUGGGAGGAACAGCUGGGAACUGAGAAGUAUCGGGAGGGAAGAGCUGGGGUCUGGGGAGUACCUGGGUGACCACCCCUUUGUGGAAGGGCCUUUGGGACCCGAUUCCACCCAGCCCCCGCUGCCCACCCUCCGCCCCCCAGGGGACACGCUGAUCGACGGCGGGGAGCAUUACUGGGAGGUGCGAUACGAGCCGGACAGCAAGGCGUUCGGCGUGGGGGUGGCGUACCGCAGCCUGGGCCGCUUCGAGCAGCUGGGCAAGACGGCCGCGUCCUGGUGCCUGCACGUCAACAACUGGCUGCAGGUCAGCUUCACCGCCAAGCACGCCAACAAGGCCAAGGUGCUGGAACCCCCCGUGCCCGACUGCCUGGGUGUGCACUGCGACUUCCACCAAGGCCUCCUGUCCUUCUACAACGCGCGUACCAGACAGCUGCUGCACACCUUCAAGGCCAAGUUCACACAGCCACUGCUGCCCGCUUUCACCGUGUGGUGCGGCAGCUUUCAGGUGACGACAGGCCUGCAGGUCCCCAGCUCUGUGCGCUGCCUGCAGAAGCGGGGCAGUGCCACCAGCAGCUCCAACACCAGCCUCACCUAGGCCGCCGGACCGCCCGCCCGGCACGGCUGAGUCAGCGGAGCCCCCCACUCCCCCACCCCCAGGCCUUGGUGGUUUCAGCUGCCACCCUCUUCUCACUUGCUGCUUGGAGCCUUAACUCCUGAUUGUGGGGGGGGGGUCACCAACAGGGAGCGGGCACCGGGGCGGGCCCUCGUCCCCACAUCACCUCCUAAUAAAAGUCAAUCACUGGCCAGCCGUGCUGAUGGUUCUUUGGGACUGGCUGGCACUGAGUGUGCCCCAAACCUCUCUGGACCUCAGCUUUCCUGGCUGUAGAAUGGGCCUUUCUUGUAGGGUCCGGUGGCAGGUUUUGCUGAGUAAGUGGGGCCUGCUGUGGGUGGACAUCUGACAGACCCUCGCUGCC